CCUUGAUAAUGUAAAAAAGGUUUUACCAAAAAAAAAAAUGUAAGAAAGGAAUUCGGUCUUUAAUGUACAUUAUUUAUGCCCUUCACUUUUAUUAUCCAUCUUCUACACAGAAUUUCUGUUUGGGGAAAAACUACUCUGAAUUUGGUUGCCUCUGCUGCUCUGCAUGACAGAUAAAGUUCGUAAGCUGUAAUCAGUUUCUCUCUUUUGCAGUCAAAGCUACUACUCCAACCUUCAUCAAAUUCAUGUCGGUUAUGCAAUACUCUACAAUGGUUAAAAGACAAAAGACUUAUGAGAAUGAAGUUCAUCAUGUGGAAUUACUUGAAGGAAUCGAAGAUACCUGCGGAGGAAUUGUAGUGGACAUGAUUAAGCCAAUGGAACCUGGCAACUUUAUCAUUGCGCUUAGAGCUUCAAUAUCACAAUGGAAGGAACAGGGAAGGAAGGCUAUUUGGAUCAAACUGCCUAUCAUGCUUGUCAAUCUUGUUGAACCUGCCGUUAAGGAGGGAUUUCAGUACCAUCAUGCUGAGCCAGGAUAUUUGAUGCUUGUAAAUUGGCUUCCAGUCAGUGCUCCUAGGCUGCCUGUAAAUGCCUCUCACCGAGUUGGAAUUGGUGCUUUGGUAGUGAAUCAUGAUCAAGAGGUCCUAGUUGUCCAAGAAAAGAAGGGAAAAUUAAAAAAUAAUGGAGUUUGGAAGCUGCCAACUGGUGUAGUAAAUGAGGGUGAGGAUAUUUCGGCAGCUGCUAUUAGAGAAGUAAAAGAGGAGACAGGAAUUGAAACAAGAUUCUUGGAAGUCCUUGCCUUCAGGCAAAGCCACAAAGCAUUCUUUGAAAAGUCAGAUUUGUUUUUUGUUUGCAAAAUGCAACCACUCUCUUUUGAUGUGCAGAAGCAAGAUUCUGAGAUUGAGGCAGCAAAGUGGAUGCCAUUGGAAGAGUAUGCAGCUCAACCUUUCGUGCAAAACAACGAGAGUUUCAAUCUCGUCUCCAAAAUAUGCUUGGCAAAGGAAAAUGAUCGGUACACUGGCUUUUCUUCUCUACCAACAAUUACGGCAUUUUCUGCUAAGGAGAUUUAUUUGUACUUCAACCAUCAAUACUUAAGUAAAAUUAUUGUGCCGACAAGGUGAUAAUCAGACAAGCAUAAACUCUCUAGCCCCUAUCUGAUUUUAUGAUUGACUUCUGGAGGAGGCAUAUCCAUGAUUAUUUGUUUUAA